AUGGAAAGAGACAAUUUUACAGCUGUGGUAGAAUUCAUUCUUCUGGGAUUCUAUGAACUUCCCAAACUCCAGAGGCUUCUUUUUGGGAUUUUCUUAGUCAUCUACAUAUGCAUAUUUUUAGGAAAUGGUCUGCUCAUUGUCAUUACCAACAUUGAGCCAUCUCUGCAAACAUCCAUGUACUUUUUUCUUGCAAACUUUUCAUUCUUGGAAAUCUGUUACACAUCAGUCACUAUCCCCAGAAUGCUAGCAGAUCUCUGGACACAGAAGAGAACUAUAUCACUACUAGAGUGUGCUGCACAGGCUUGUUUCCUUUAUAUUCUGGGAGUAGCAGAGUGCUUGCUUCUGGCUGUGAUGGCAUAUGACCGUUAUGUGGCCAUUUGUAAACCCCUCUACUAUGCUCUCAUCAUGAAUCACAAGGUAUGUGUCCAACUGGUUGUGGUUUCCUGGAUGAUUGGAGCCCCGAUACUGAUGGAACAGAUAUACCAGAUUUUCUCUCUGAACUACUGUGGUUCUAAUAAAAUCAAUCACAUUUUUUGUGAUGGCCCACCUUUGAUGAAGUUGGCUUGUGGGGAUAUAUAUAAGAUAGAGGUCUCUUCCUAUGCUUUUGCUCUGCUCUUCAUCACAAUUCCUUUUCUGUUGACACUUACAUCCUAUGUCAAAAUCAUUACUACAAUCCUGAAACUGCCCUCAAACUCAGGGAGAUCUAAAGCCUUCUCUACUUGUUCUUCUCACCUUAUGGUUGUAGGUUUGUUCUAUGGUACUGGAAGUAUUAUGUAUUUGCGGCCUGAGUCCAGUCGCUCAGCAAGAUCAGACAAAGUGCUUGCUCUUUUCUACUCUACUGUGACCCCAGUGUUUAACCCCCUAAUAUACAGUCUGAGAAAUAAGGAUGUCCUUGCUGCGCUGAGGAAACUACUUCCAAAGUUCUUCAGGUCAUGA